AUGGACACUCUAUUUGAAUUGACCACUGAGGGAUCAGACGAAGAUGAGAAUGUUAUCGCUCUUCGAGCAAUUGAGCUUUGGAGUAAAGUCCCUAAACUAGAUGGUCUGCAAUGCUGCGAAAGGAAUAGUAGUUUUCGAUGGAUAAAUCACUUGCAGCUUGGUCUUAAAACACAAAUGUUCUCACCGGAAGAAGACGAGUUGAUUGUUACUCUUUGUGUCAUUUUUGAACAGAGGCGGGCUCAAAUUGCAACACAAUUAACAGAAACAUCACAAGUACCAAUACAUAAUUUUGGCCUCUUAGUGGAUGGGAAAUGGAGGUGGGGCGGUUCAAAGAAAGAGAAAGAAGAUGGAAAGUUCAAUGAAGAAGAAGAAGAAGAAGAAAAAGGCGAUGCAGUGGUGAUUGAGGCUGCAAAUCUGAAGAGAAAAAAAGAGGGUGAGGCUUCUAAGAGGAGAUAUAGGGUCGAGAUGGGGGUUUCGAAGAAGGAGAAAUUAAAGAGGUGGGGGGUUCGACGAAGAAGAAAGAGGUGGUGCAAAUGGUGGUUGAAGCUUCUGAAUGAUUAUGGUCAAGCAUUUUACAUGCCAGUUUCCAUGUUUCUUCUGUUGCUUCUAGUCGAUGAAGCUUUAUGUCAAGGAUUUUGUUCCUUUAAUAUUUUUGAUUUGGAUUUCUCUGUAGUUAGUAGAACCCAAUCAUGA